UAUGACAUUUUACUUCCUUCCACACGGACCGACGCGAACGAACCCGAUGAGGCAGACGUCGCUAACUUUUAAAUGCCGUCGCCAACGCUCGCGUCUCGUUAGCUGUGCUCCGGUCUAACUUCCGUCGUGAAAGGAACCCGCGGCAUGUGGCGGCUCGCGGCGGAGCAUUGAACAGCAGUUGUCCGGACGCAGAGCGCUACGUGUAGGCCUCCGAGGAAAGUUUGGUCGAGGGCCUGUAAACAACAUGUCGUCCGCCUCGCAGUCCUCCUCCCGACGGCAAUGGUGCUACCUCUGCGAUCUCCCCAAGAUGCCCUGGGCCAUGCUGUGGGAGUUCAGCGAGGCCGUGUGCCGGGGCUGUGUCAACUACGACGGGGCGGACCGAAUAGAGCUCCUCAUCGAAACGGCCAGGCAACUGAAAAGCACGCACGGCGUCCUGGACGGCAGGUCCCCCGGUCCGCAGCCGGGCAAACCCAGCUCGUCCGGGCCCGUGGAAGCGGGGCGGCAGCAUGGAGAGCGCGCAGACAGGGGGAGGGGUGAGUACGGGAUGUCCGCUCGCCUCCCCAACGGCCUGCACCGAGCCGAAGACGUAGCCCUGUCCGAGAGCAGCCGACAGAGCCCGAACACUCGUCGGGCCAUUAUAGCUGGGGCCGUUCCCAGUCUUCACGGCACCAUAUCCCAAGCGUUGAUAGCUCAGGGGUUGGUGGCUGCCCCUCAUGGGCUUUUAGCCCCGUUGUCUGGCUCCAGGGCUGGGGCUGCACCCCUUGCGCUCUCAGCUGGCACCCUAAUGGGUGAUGCUGGAAGAAGACAGGCCAUGUCCCUUGGAGUGGGAGCUAGCACCUCUGCCCUGGUGGGUAUAGACCCUGCACUGUGGAGGAACAAUGAAGUGAUAACGGAACUCAACGAGAUUUCUCGCAGUCGGGUCGAAGGCUGGCCAAACCGCCCCAAAGCAGUCCGCGAUGUGCUUGUUGCCCUCAGCAGCUGCGUCCCGUUUAAUGUGCGCUUCAGGAAAGACCACAACCUGAUGGGCCGCGUGCUGGCCUUCGAUGCCAGCACAAGCCCAGAGCUUGAGCUCAAGGUGUUUGUUGAGUAUCCCGCUGGGUCUGGAAUGAUCUUCUCAGGCGUCCCAGACCUGGUGAGGCAGAUGUUCCGUGACUCGGCCAAAGAUGCAGGUAAAGCGGUGAACUCUGGGCUGCGAUAUGUGGAGUACGAGAAGCGGCAAGGCACAGGAGACUGGCGUGGGCUGUCUGAGUUGUUGAAUGAUGGCGUGCGCAUGUUUAAAGAGCCCCCAAUCCCAGAGGUUCUGCCACAGCCAGACUCAGUGUUGCCCAUGGCAGCUGCUGGACGCCCAGUACAAACGAAGAGCACAAGUCGGCGCCGCAAGGCUUCUCCAGGCUCUGAGAACGGAGAAAGCGAAGGGAGGCCUGAUCACCCGGCAAGAGAGCCCUGGCCCAGAGGCGCUUACUCGGGCAUGGAACCACUCCCUGGCAUGGCUGCCCCUCCAGAGGGCCCGCCCCGUUUACACAGCCAGCCCUCACCAAUCUCAGCACUCAUGGGAGUUGCAGACAGUCUGAGCUCCAGUCAGAUGGCCAGAGAAAGCCCCAGCAUGUCCACAGCCCACUCCUCCUCAGCUGGGCGUCCCACCAGCAGCAGCCCCUCCACCGCCUCCACCUCAGUCUCCCAGGCAUCCAUGGGGCAGGGUUUAAAUGCGGUGGGGCCGAGCAGCAACACCACUGCUGGGGAGUCGUCAAGCAGCGCUCAGGGCACCCUACUCUGCUGCACCCUCUGCAGAGAGCGCUUGGAGGACACUCAUUUCGUCCAGUGUCCAUCUGUCCCGCACCACAAGUUUUGCUUCCCAUGUACCCGGGGAUUCAUCCGCAGCCAAGGUCAAGGGGGGGAGGUGUACUGCCCCAGUGGGGAACGCUGUCCCCUGGCUGGAUCCACCGUGCCUUGGGCCUUCAUGCAGGGAGAGAUCUCAACCAUCCUGGCCGGAGACGGAGAUGUGACGGUAAAGAAAGAGAGCGACCCUUGACGUCUCCAUCUCGUUGUGGUAAAUGGUAAGAUGUGGAUCAAACACUUUGAAAGCACUUCCCUAUUAUCUCAAGCAGAGGUCCUCUGGCGGCAGUUCAUCAUUUGUGCCUCUGAAAACAGAAUAACUGAACCUCAGGAGGACAGCGACACACACACACACCAACCAACACGAGAGCGAGGAGGGAGAUGGCUGUCUGUCGGGGCUUGUAUCACCUCUGAAGGAUGAGCUGCAACAGCACGACCUUACGUCAAGUCCCGACCACAUUUCUGCAGUGCAGCAGGCGCCUCUCGCCAGGCCUCGUUUUAAAGCCCAGGAUUGAAAGCACACACUUGUUUUUUUAAGAAUGUCAAUUGCUUUUGUCUUUCAUUUGUGUUUUUGGUAUAUAGGUUGCAUACUACUCAGAUGGGUCACAGCGAUAUUGAUCGAUGGUUUCACAGAAUCAUGCAAUUAUACAAAAAACAUGAAUGUUCUAAAUGUGGCAAAACCAUUGUCCUUAAAGCCAAGGAUUACAUUUUUUUUAUCCCAUCAUACGUCUCGUAGGUAUUCUCCCUGUAUUGUUUGUAAAAAUGUGAAUUUACUUUCAAUAUGGCUAUGUAAUUUCUAUUUUUGAUACAAUACAAAAUUAUAUGUAUUUGUUUAUAGUGAUAAGAAGACCAAAGAUGGCUUCAUGCGCAAUGUAAUUUUACUGUAUUGUAGCUGUUUAUGCUGUAUUCACUGAUAACAUUGGCAUCAGUCACUAAUUUGUUCAUCUAUCAGAUGUAAGCUUGUUUUCUCUAUUUACCUUUUGAAUUGUAUGUAUGAUAAAAUAAUUAGCAACACAUUUUUCAAUGGUUAACCUACAUACACUUGUGAUCUUAACAGGUCAAUUCUACAAUAAAUUCCAACAUAGUUA